CUCUCUCUCCCCCACCUCCCUCCCUCCAGUGCGCCAUGUUCGCCACCGUGCCUCUCCUCUCGCCGCGCGCGCUGCUCUCCCUGCGCGGGCCCGCCGCGCAGUCUCUCCUGCACGGCCUCUUCACUUCCCCCGUCUCCUCCCUCACUGCGCCCGUCCACGGCGCCCUGCUGCACGCAAACGGGCGCAUCCUCUCUCCCGCCUUCGUGCAUCCUUACCCGGAUCGCGCAUCAGAUUCGCCGGAUGUGCUGCUCGACAUCCAUGAAGCCAUGGCAGAAGAGGUGACGGCGCACAUCAAGCGGUACAAGCUCAGGAGCAAGGUCAAGGUGGAGAGGGAGCAGGCGUGGAAGGUCGCAGUGGAUGUUGAGGACCAGGAGGCGAAGCGGGAGGGCGCAUUUGUGGACAUGAGAGCACCGGGACUGGGCAGUCGACGGCUGGUGCGGGCCGAGGACGAGUCUGCCGCUUCCUCGCUCGAAGCCUACACGCUCCGUCGUUCGCUCCUCGGCGUGGCCGAGACGCCAGAAGAGCUUGUGCCGGGUCAAGCGCUGCCCUUAGAAGCUUCGUUGGAGCUGCAGCACGGCGUCGACUUCCGCAAGGGCUGCUAUGUAGGCCAGGAGCUCACGGCGAGGACACAUCACACGGGCGUGGUCAGGAAGCGCGUGGUGCCCGUGCUGCUUUACGAGCUGGAUGGAGCCAUGCCGGACAUCCCGACGGCCGAGCAAAUAGCGCACUCCUCCGCCUCCUUCUCCUCCCUCUCUGCCUCGCACGCGCUCCCAGCAAGCGGCGCUGAAGUGCGUUCCGUCCCACUCUCCCCCUCCAGCGCCUCCUCUGCGCCUCCACGGCGCGGCAAAGCGGCCGGUCGACUCCUCUCGGUGCAACCGGGCGGCGUGGGACUUGCGCUGUUGAGGCUGGAACAGGUCAGGAGAGUGGGAAAGAGCGCAGAGGACAAUGGCCUCAGCAUGAGUGUUGAUGUGGAGGGAAAGAGCGUCGGCGUGCGCCCGUGGUUGCCGCAUUGGUGGCCUGCUGAGGUGCGGGAAGGGGAGAAGGAAUGAAGAGAAGCAAUUCGCAACCCAGGUCACUCUGACCUCGACUGAGC